AUGAAGAGAAAAGCGGGAACUGCUGCCUCCAAGGCCAACAAGAAAAAGUCAAAGUCUUCCCUCAGUGCCGAAGAAGCCCAGAAGCGAUUCCGCGCCGGCCUAUUUGAUCAGAAGGUCCUCAAGUCAUACACGAAAGAGUAUGCUCAAUCCGAACCCUACAAGCAUGCCGUCAUUCAUGGCCUCGUCGACGAUUCUCUUCUCCGAUCGGUACGCAGCGAGAUCGAAGCCAACGUCGAAUUCACACCCAAAGAGACCGAUAUCUACAAGAUCCACCAGUCUGGAGACCUUGCCAACCUCGACGGUUUGGACGAUGAGUCGUUGGCCAAGCUUCCAUCGCUCCUCAAGCUUCGCGACGCUAUCUACUCUGAGGCCUUCCGCAACUAUGUCUCCCACGUCACUGACUGCGGUCCUUUGAGUGGUCGCAAGACAGAUAUGGCCAUCAAUAUCUAUACUCCUGGCUGCUACCUGCUUUGCCAUGACGAUGUCAUUGGCAGCCGUCGCGUCAGCUAUAUUCUUUAUCUGGUUGAUCCCGAUACGCCUUGGAAACCCGAAUGGGGUGGUGCGCUCCGUCUAUUCCCCGUCCAGGAGCUCAAGGAUAAGGAUGGUGAGGUCGCAAAGACUCCCUUGCCCGACGCCACAAAGGUCAUCCCACCGGCUUGGAACCAGCUGAGUUUCUUCGCUGUUCAGCCUGGUGAGAGCUUCCAUGAUGUAGAAGAAGUCUACCGUGCCGAGACCGAGAAGCAGCUCAAAAAGGAGGGCGGUCGCAUUCGUAUGGCUAUCAGCGGAUGGUUCCAUAUUCCUCAGAUCGGAGAGGACGGCUACAUCAAGGGUGAGGAAGAGAGGAACGCAAAGAACAGCGGCUUGAUGCAGCUCCAAGGCAACCCUGCCCAAUAUGACAUGCCUCAGCCUCAGAUUAUGAAGGUUGAUAAGUCGGAAACCAGCAAAGGCUUCGACGAAACCGAUCUCGAGUUUCUUCUCAAGUACAUGGCUCCAGCAUACCUGGUCCCAGAUGCUCUGGAGGAGAUCUCGGAAACCUUCAACGAGAUGUUUGAGAUCACUCUUCCGGACAUCUUGGGCAAGAAAUUUGCUCAGCGUCUCAGAGACUAUGUCGAGGCCGAGGAGAAGAAGCCCGUGCCACAAGAUACCAACGCAAUAGAAAAGAACUCUUCAUGGCGCGUGGCCAAGCCCCCUCACAAGGCUCGAUAUAUGUACCAGCAACCCAAGCGAUCCGGAAAGCCUCGUUCUUCCAAGGAAGAGUCACCGAUUACUGAGCUUCUUGAUGUAUUCCUACCAAGUCGCCAAUUUCGCCAGUGGCUUCAGAUGGCCACUAAGACAACUGUUGAGAGUGCGGAUCUCCUUGCCCGCCGUUUCCGCCGUGGCUUAGACUAUACUCUUGCAACUGGACAUGAGGGUAAGGCGCGCGUCGAAAUCAACCUUGGUUUCACACCUACGUCUGGCUGGGGUGAGGAUGAGGAAGAGGAAUCCGAGGAUGAGCAGAAUGGUGAGGACGUCAAGGGCAAGGGCAAGGGCAAGGGCAAGGGCAAGGGUAAAUCCAAGACUGUCGAGAAGAAGAAGAAGAAGAAAGAAGAGGAGGAGGCUCCUGAAGUUGGCGGACAAGAAAUCUUCAUGUCAGGCGAUGACGAUGCCGAUGAAGACGCAGCCGUGUACAAGACAGGUGGCGAUGAGGACAACAUCCUCUUCUUCCAGGCUCCUUCUUGGAACAAGAUGACCAUUGUCCUGCGCGACAGCGGUGUUCUCAAGUUCGUCAAGUAUGUUAGCAAGAGUGCUAAGGGCGAUCGAUGGGAUAUCUCUGGUGCUUUUGAGGUUGAAGAGGAAGACGACGAUGGCGACGACAACGGCAGCGAUGAGGAGGAAGACAACGAUGAUGAUGAUGAUGAUGAUGGCGACGAGGAAGAAUUCCAAGGCUUUUCGCCGUGA